GUUCAACAUUCCGAUCAGCACGACCGUCCAUUCAUCCAUCCAUCCAUCAUCCUCUGCCGUACGCUGUGUGUGUGCGUGUGAGUGUGACCAACCCUCGAUGAGAGGGCUACUUCAUGGCCUAUCUUCCACCACACCAGCCAACUCCAACAAUCACAUCACUUCCCAAUCAACCGUCACAUCAAGCCUUAUGCCGUAACCAUUCCACCAAAGCACUCACUCUAUCCUGCUCAACCGCCGUCUGUCUCAGGCAGGAAGGGCUCGUUGAUCCACCGGCGCAAGUUGGGCAGCGUGUCAGCAUGCGUCCCUUCGUGGCCACAAUACGCACACCGAAACUUCGGCAGCUCCUCUCUCGAUCCAGCCGCCUGGCGGUCCUUCGCUUGCUGCAGCUGCUGGGCGAAGUGGGCCUGCCACUUGGUAUAGCACGGCUGGCAGAGGCAGAGGUGACGACACGGAACGAACAUGACGACUGGGGGAGCGCUGAGACACGUCACACACUCGCGUUGCUGGGCAGUGGACGGCUGGGUGGCAGCGCUUGAUGAUGAAGCCGCUUGCUGCAUGGUCAGCUCAGCCAGCCUGAGACAUCAGCAGAAGGCCGACAGAGACAUGGAACCGGCCUGCCUCACCUGCCUGCCUGCAAUGGUUUUACUUUUUCUGGGCCUCUUCAAGCUGUCUUUUCAGCUCGUCCUCUCGCUCUUCCUUCCUCCUUGUCUCUUCCUUCGCCUCCUCCAGUCGCUGGCGCAGCUGAUCCAUCAUACCUUCAGCCUCACUGGCAGAGACAGACCUAUGAAUGAUGGAACGAGACAAGGCAUCUUCACAUGCCGAUGGUCAAGGCACACAGUUCUCCGCCCCUUACCGGACGGCACGAGCACUGGCAUCGGGUCUCUGGACCUGUCUCUCUCCGUGCCGAGAUCCUGGCGCCGUGAGAGCACUUGCGGCGUCGUUCGGCUGGGGGGCGAGGGGAAACGGGGGAGGGGGCGGCAGAGGCUGGCAAUCACCACUACUUCUGCGACCAUACACGCGACAGAGACCGACUUGGCCUAUCCCUCUUCGCUCUGAAGCUGGUACCUGUCAGUUUGGCCACGUACGCGGUCUUCGCGUACUCGUGGGGGGCGCGGAGGGGGAGGAUAGGCCGGCCGUGGCGGCAAAGACGGGAGACUGAUGAUGAAACAGGAGAUAACACAGUGAGAUGAAUCGGAUUCGUUGCGAUCCACUCCGACUUACGGCAUUCGCUUUUCUGAUUCUGGGAGGGCCUCCAUCUGUUGUUUAUGUUGGCGGUCUCUCUUUCUUCGGCUGACCACUGGCACGAAACUUUCGUCGCCAUCACUCUCCCCGUCAACGGGCGGCGGAGACACGACACCUGCAGCAUCAGUCGGCGGUGCCGAGGGGCCGCUGAAGACACAAAGACAUGCAAGUGGGGAGACACGCAUGCGAGGGGCCGCCGUCCAAAUCUGUGUUUACGGGUGGAGGUCGGCAGAUGACAAUGAGGACGACGGCUGGUCAUUCGUGUCUCUAUCGAUGGCACCGGACGCCACACUGAACACGCACACACACGCAUAGAGAGAGAAAGACAAGACAACACUGCUUACCUGCUGUCAGCCUCUGUCGAUGGCAACGGCCACUGCUGUCGCGUUCCCUUCUUGCCGCCCAUUUUGCCUUUCUUCUUUGCCUUCUCUCGCUUCUCAUCGGCUAUCAGCUCCUCAGCUAUUCGAGCAGCCACGGCAUCAUCUUCCUGCUGCUGGGGCGUUGUCCCGGUACUUCCCUGCAUGUCCUGCUGAAUAUCUUGCACGAGUUUGCAUGCAUAACGCUCGCCGGGCGUGGUCUUGUGCAUCAGCUGAGUGUCGGCCCCGUGCUCGAGUAGUGUCCUGAUCACCUGCUUGCAAGUGUCGAUCUGUUCUGGUGGGGCUUUGUCUCUGAGCCGGUGACUGAGGCGCAAGCCAGCUUCCAUCAGCGGCCGAAGGCCUAGCAGAUUUGGCUUCUUGUUGAUUUCUGCCGCACCGACAUUCUUGCAGAGCCACUCGGCUACAUGAAGCUGACCCUUUACCAUGGCCAAGUCGAGCGGCGUCUUCCCUCCAGAGCUCCUCGCACUGGGAGACGCCCCAUGCUUCAUUAGCAGAUCCAAAUAGCUGCAGACGAAGUCUGAUGACAGCCGGGUAGAGAGUGCAGCGGCCACAUGUAUUGGAGUAUUGCCUUUGCUGUCCUCCUCAACGGCGAGAGAUGGGUCAUGCUCCAGCAGCUGGUGAUAUACCUCCAGCUGGUCGGUCUCAUACUGACGGCUCGGUUGAGUUGCUGGGACCGACAGAACGGGGAAGGCGAGGCACAGUCCAUGCGUCGCCGCUCCAUUCUUCAGAAGCACUUCGACAGAGAUCGAGUCGGCACAUCGGACGGCCGUAAGAAUAGGCGGUGUGUCGAAUACAGUACAGCGGCGGUCGGUGCCCACUUCCGCGGACACGAGAGCCCCAAGAACGGCGGCGUGCAGCUUGCGGCAUGGCCACUUCGGCAAAGCGAGCUCUCUUCCAUCGCCAAAAUUCCACGGACUCCAAGAGCAGUCGAUCGCUAAGUACAGCAGUCCGAGAGGAAUCACGGGAGAGUCUUCGUUGACAAUGUCGCGUAAAGGAACGGCCAUCGUGACGUCAGCUCCCGCUUCCACAAGACGCUUCACCUCAUCAGCCGCACUACAAGCGGUACAUUGCCAGAAAACUGACCCAGGGGGGUGGGAAAC